CACUAUAAAUUUUGAUUUUAAUAUUUUGUUUCUUUUUAAAUAUUUAUUGAACUGAAUAAUACGGAUUCUCUAAAGUCUAUUUUUAUCAGCAGUGAUUAUUCAAUACGAUCGAGAUUUAUUCGUUUUGGAUAGGAAAAUAUGAGUGAAAUUACUAUGCCUGUUUCUCAGUUUCAAGUCCAAUGGCCUCAAUCGCCUUCAACUACUGUACCACAACCGAUGGGUCCUAGUAGUGCACCAGCUUUAUGCAAUGUAUGUGGCAGUAAUAUUCAUACAAGUACUUCAAGGAAAGCUAAAUCUUCUGCUUGGUGGUGUUGUAUACUGAUGUGUAUUUGUGGAUGUUUUUGUGGAUGCUGUCUCAUUCCUUGCUGCAUGGACUCUUUCAAUGUUGUCAACCAUAAGUGCCCAAAAUGUAAAGCUUUUUUGGGACAGUACAGAUCAUAAACUAAAAUAAAACAAUACUGUUUAAAUCAUAAAUAGUUUACUUUUUUUAUUAUUAUUAUUUAUCAAAAA